GUGGGAUUUCUGCCUGAAUCGCUCAAGCGGCGGGCAAAGGAGACCGCCACCGGCGACAACGCAACUGCCGCCGUCGCACUCCUCUCGCGCUCGGGGGUCGUGCCGCGCCAAAACCACCGGCCGGGGCUCCCGCGGCACCAAAAACUGCACACCCCUCGACCUCGUCUCCGGUCGAGCGAGGCGGGCGGGCCGCUCCCGUAGCGUCCCGAUGGCGCAGGAGGAGAGGGAGCUCCAGGUUCGAGCCCUCGACGGGCGGUCCACCGCCGUAACUCUCGCAGCCACCGCCUCUGUCCGGGACCUCAAGGCCGCGCUCCGGAGCUCCUUCCCUCCGGCGCAGAUCUCCCACAACUUCCACCUCUUCCUCAAGGGUGCUAAACUGCGCUUGGAUGCCGAGAUUGGCAGCCUUGUCGCCGGCCAUGGGGAACUCAUCGUUCUCGUGCCCUUUGCACGGAAGUCAGUGCAGUAUUCUCCGGUGGCCGUGCCAGGCCAAGAGCAGAGUGCCAAUCCACCAAUAUCAUCAGAAGUGGCAGCUGGGGCUAAUUCAGCUUGGAAAGACAUUAUGGAUGACCUCUCAUCGAUCCCGAGUAGCCCACAUGCUGAUGUUGCAUCGAAAGAUUUGCCUUCCUUGAGCACCCUGUGCGGCUCGAGCUAUGCGGAGGAUGUGUCAACAGGUAAAACUCCAUCAACUGGAUGCUCAAGGAAAAGGAGAAAACUCUGCAAGGAAGAUAAAAAUGGUCCCAGGGAUACAUCUAAAUCUGGAGUGAACGGUGCAUCUGAGCAGCCUUGCAUGAAUAAGAAAAGCGGUGUUGUCAAAUCUGCUGCAUCAUCCUGCCAUGAUAAACACCCUUUAGGACCUGCUGGAAUGGUUCAACAUCUGGAAAAAGGCCUUGGAAAGGAGGGACAGAUUGUACAUAUUGAAGAGAUACCAUGUAGAGGGGCAUCAUAUGCAGAACUUCCUAGUCAUCUUUCAGAAGCUAUGAGGGAAGCACUAGAAAGUAUUGGAAUAUCUAGGUUGUAUAGCCAUCAGUCUGAAGCUAUUCAAUCUUCCAUUUCUGGGAAGCACGUUGUGGUUGCAACUUCAACAGCAAGUGGAAAGUCUCUCUGCUACAACAUUCCCGUUCUUGAAUCUCUCUCUCAAGACUCGAUGGCGUGUGCUCUGUACAUAUUCCCGACAAAGGCUUUAGCUCAAGAUCAGUUGCGGAGUUUGGUGGAGAUGAAGAAUGCAUUUCACACUGAUAUUGAUGCUAAAAUAUAUGAUGGAGAUACUCCUAGGGCAGAUCGUCUCUGGAUCAGGGAUAAUGCCCGACUGUUAAUUACCAACCCAGAUAUGCUGCACGUGUCUGUCUUGCCAUGUCAUGCUCAAUUCCAAAGGAUUUUGUCAAAUCUCAGGUAUAUUGUCAUUGAUGAAGCACAUUCAUACAAAGGAGCAUUUGGCUGCCAUACUGCACUUAUACUUAGAAGAUUGAAGCGUAUUUGUUCAAAUGUUUAUGGUAGUCAUCCUACAUUCCUGUUUUGCACAGCUACAUCAGCAAGUCCACGUGAGCAUGUUAUGGAGUUAGCCAAAUUGGAUAAUGCCGAGUUGAUUCAGAAUGAUGGAAGUCCUUGUGGUUCUAAAUUCUUUCUCUUGUGGAAUCCCCCACUACGCAUGCCGAAGGAGGGGGAUUCAAAAGGUAGUUCAGUCAUCAGACGUUCAAGCCCAAUAGUAGAAGUCUCCUAUCUGUUCUCUGAGAUGGUUCAACAUGGGCUCCGAUGCAUUGCAUUCUGUAAAACAAGGAAGCUCUGUGAGCUUGUUCUAUCUUACACGCGUGAAAUUCUCCAGGAGACCGCUAAAGAAUUGGUAGAUUCUAUCUGUGUAUAUCGUGCUGGCUACAUUGCGGAGGACAGGAGAAAAAUUGAGACUGAUCUUUUUGAGGGAAAACUUCGUGGUGUUGCUGCCACCAAUGCUCUUGAGCUGGGAAUUGAUGUUGGACACAUUGAUGCAACAUUACAUCUUGGAUUUCCUGGGAGUGUUGCCAGUUUAUGGCAGCAAGCCGGAAGAUCAGGAAGGAGAGCAAAACAAUCACUAGCCAUUUAUGUUGCUUUUGAGGGUCCUUUAGAUCAGUAUUUCAUGAAAUUCCCACAUAAACUAUUUGGCAAGCCAAUUGAGCAUUGCCAAGUUGAUUCACAUAACCCGAAGGUUCUAGAACAACACCUUGCCUGCGCUGCUUUUGAACAUCCAAUAUGCCUGCAGUAUGAUGAGAAUCACUUUGGCUCUAAUCUGCAUAGUGUAAUGACGACUCUAAAAGAAAAAGGUUAUCUGAUUAACAACCCAUCUGGACCUUUUUCUUCAACCAUGUGGAAUUAUGUUGGACCAGAGAAAAGACCUUCACAGAUGGUGAGCAUACGAGCAAUUGAGCAUGACAAGUACAGCGUUAUAGACAGGUUAAAUAACAGAUUACUUGAGGAAAUUGAGGAAAGUAAGGCUUUUUUCCAGGUGUAUGAAGGUGCUGUUUACAUGAAUCAGGGUGCCAAUUACUUAGUUGAGGAACUUGAUUUGCCUUCGAGGACAGCUUUCUGCAGGAAAGCUGAUCUGAAGUAUUACACAAAAACACGAGACUACACCGACAUCAAUGUCCUCAGAGGAGAUUUCGCUUAUCUUCCAACGGGUAUAUGCAAAACUAGCUGUCUGAAGACAACUGCCCAAGCAAAUGAUUGCAAGGUGACAACCAAAUGGUUUGGCUUUUAUCGCAUAUGCAAAUCAAGCAACAAAAUAUCAGACAGCAUUGAACUUAGCCUACCUCCCUAUUCGUACAAUUCUGAGGCUGUUUGGAUACGGAUUCCCCACUCGGCGAAAAUUACUGUGGAGGAAAGGAAACUAGAUUUUCGAGGUGGCUCACAUGCUGCUUCACAUGCACUCUUAAACAUAGUGCCUCUGCAUAUGAUGUGCAGUGCUUCUGACCUAGGAACAGAAUGUGUGAAUCCUCAUGAAACCCGUGGUAUGCCAGAAAGAAUUCUUUUAUAUGAUAAGCACCCUGGUGGUAUCGGCAUAGCAUCGCAGGUUAAAAUGCUUUUUGGGGAACUUCUACUUGCUGCUUUAGAUCUUGUUUCAACAUGCAGUUGCAGUAGUUCUGCUGGAUGUCCAAAUUGUAUCCAAUCACUAACAUGUAGCGAAUAUAACGAGGUUUUGGACAAGAAGGCAGCAAUUAUUAUCCUGAAGGGAGUCAUUGAACAUGAGAGAUCAUAUUUUGAAGCGGAAGUUUUCUCUGACCGUAGCUGAUGUGCAAGUGAGGUACAACUUGUGACACAUCAGCCUAAACAUUCCUUUAGUAACAAAUAAACAGUCAUAUGGUUACUGUGCGGGGAUGCAUGUUGUAUUCACACAUAAUAACAUUUACACAAUUGAGAUUCAAUUUUAUGGAUCCUAUGUUCGAUCUCAACAAAAGCUGGACCGUCGAAUGGGCUUCAACUGAAAAGUCAGUCACAACCCGGCUCGGGACACCUAUAUCUUCUGUGAUAGAGAUGGUAGUAUUGAGCACAUCAUGUUAAUCUAUCCUUCUUUGCGAGAGAAGUGUGGCGCGAUGUAAAGAUGGCUUUCAGCGUCCACUUUCAACACGAGUUCUUCAGCUCGACGAAGUGCUGGCUGUUUGAUUUUCUGUUGCGGUCUUCAUGCCGUCAGCAUGUGGCACAUUUGUGAAGCCCGAAUUAAUGUGAGGAAGGGUGUCUUGAUGCAUCCUCGCCGUGUGUGCGAAAAGAUCAAAUCUUAUGUUGAAUGCAUCAUCUCUUCAAACUGAAUCAAGCUUAUAGGGGUGAGGCCACACAGCAGACUAUUUAGCGGACUCCGGCACCACCGAGAACGAUUCUUCGGAACCACAUUGCAGAAUGCUUGACUGCCUACAGCGAGCCUUUGGAGUAUUUCGGUUGUCACCAGAACUUGCUGAUGCGUUGGCACCGUGCCACGAUGCCUCCUUUGCUCAGGAAGAAGGUUAUAACAAUGUGAUCUUCACCUCUGACUGCCUGUAUUAGUACUUCGUGUUGUUUGGUUCUGUAUAUAUUGUUCUGUUUUGUGACUUGUGAAGCAA